AUGGUGGCGGCAAACUGCGGGCGGACAAUAGCGGGCAAGCGGUGGCUGGCAAGCAGUGGCGGGCGAGCGGUGAGUGAGCAGCAGACCAAAGCUGGGGUGGAUCUCUUCCUUUUAUUUUCGCUGUCGAAAUCAAAAUUUUCCCAAAAUGAAUUUUCUGAGGCGGCAGAAUACUUUGAACUGUGUUCGAGAUGUAAGAAUCCUCGCCGUUCGCUCUCCGAUUGGCCGCCGGCCGAUCUCUACAGCUCCUCCGCGGCUUUGUCCAGAUACUUCCAGAUUGUGCCAGAGAACACAGCUUACGUUAUUGAACGAUUGGGGAAUUAUUCGAGGACAUUGACUCAUGGAAUCCAUUUUCUGAUUCCGUUUGUUGAUAGAAUUGGUUACGUUCAUCGUCUGGAUGAACAGGCGAUUCCUAUAACUAAUCAGUUUAUUACUACCGCGGAUGAUGUUUGCAUUCAAACUGAUGGAGUCUUGAAUGUCAAGAUCGUGGACACUGAGUUGGCCUCUUACGUAUUCGCUGAUUCAACGGAUUUGACGGAUCUAGUGUGCACGAUUGCGCAGACAUUUGAAACAAGAGAGAUUCACAAUAUCACUCUCGAUAAUUUUUUGAAGGAAAGAGACACACUUUAUGAGAAGAUAAGGGUGUCCGUCAGUGGAGUUGUUAAAGAUUGGGGCUUAGAGUGCCUUGGUUACGAAAUAAGUGGGUAUAUUUUACGAAAAUAA